AUGUUCAAUCCACAUGCUGAAAUAGCUACCGGGGUCACGUGGAGUUCGACCGAUGAGGUACUGUCUUGCAGCGACGAUCACCAGAUCUUGUCGUGGAACCUGGUCUCCAAAGACAACACGAAACUGGCCGAUCUUCCCGAUGAACUGUACCCAACGUCUAUACACGCCCUUCCUCGAAUAGCGGGUACCGGCCUGACGUCACGGAAGAACACUGGAAAUGCUGAUGUCAUACUUGUUACAGCAAGCGACGGCAAACUCUACCUUCUCUCGAAAGCUGGCAGAAUCGAAAAGGCAGUUGAUGCACACUGGGGCGCCGUGCUUGCUGGUCAGUGGAGCCCGGAUGCUACAGCUCUCGUGACAGCUGGUGAGGAUGGCCUUCUAAAGAUUUGGUCCAGAAAUGGAAUGCUACGAUCCACAUUGGCAACACACUCACUGCCCUUAUACUGUGUUGCCUGGGGACCCAACUCCAACCAAGUUUUAUACAGCAUUGGUGCUCACUUGGUGAUCAAACCACUUCAGCCUAACUCAAAGCCAGUUCAGUGGAAAGCCCACGAUGGUCUGAUCUUGGCAGUGGCGUGGAACACAAACAACAACAUGAUAAUAUCAGGCUCUGAGGAUUGUAGAUACAAGCUGUGGGACACAUUUGGUCACAUCCUGUAUGCAAGUCAAACCAAUGACUACCCCAUAACAUCAGUUGCUUGGACACCUGAUGGCGAGCUGUUUGGUGUUGGAUCGUUCAAUUCUUUGCGUCUCUGUGAUAAGACAGGGUGGUCAUACUCUCUCGAUAAGCCCCAAACACAGAGCAUCUACUCUCUGGAGUGGUCCAGUGAUGGGACUCAGAUCGCUGGUGCUUGCGGUAACGGACAGGUCAUAUUUGCUCACGUCAUUAAUAGGAGGCUUGAGUGGAAAAAUUAUGAGGUUUCUAUGGUGGGAAGAAAGAUGGUGGCUGUAAAAAAUGUUGUGACGGAUAUCACAGAAACGAUGGACUUUCAAGACAGCAUCAUCAAAGUAUCCAUGAUGUUUGGCCACCUAAUUGUGGUUACAUCAAACCAGUGCCAUAUAUACAACAAGAAAAAUUGGAACACUCCUCACAUGUUUGAUUUGAGGGAAGGCAGCAUCUGCCUCAUCUUACAGGCUGAGAAGUACUUUGCACUUGUGGAGAGCGGUGGUGUCUACGUGUAUACAUAUGACAGCAAGUUUGUGUGUGCACCAAAAUGGGUCGGCAUGCGUCCAGACAUGCUUAACUACUUCACUGCGUCUAUCAGCAAUGCUCUGUUGGCUGUACGGGACAAGGCUGAUGAAAAAGUGGUGUACUUGUUUGACGUACGGACUGGCAAGCCAGCUGGAGAUGGGAAACCAUAUACACAUAAGAUUGAAGUAACACAGGUCGGCAUUGACCAGUGUGCUCCAUCAAUUCAUCGCAGACUAGCCAUUAUGGACAAAAACAAAGACCUGUACCUUGUCAGCCUACGUGAUGGGAAAACACUCCAGAGCAUUAAACUAGGUGUCAUGACGGGAUCCUUAUGUUGGAACGAUGACUCAAGCAUCUUGGCUUCUUUGCAAGAAGGCAAGCUGAUGAUAUGGAAUCACCCAGAUGUUGCCUGGAUUGAUCGUAGCCUUUUGCCCAGCACAGUUACAGAGAAGGAAAUGACUGACCUGGGCUACAAUCCUCACAUUGUGAGCUUUCUUGGGUCUACAGUUUUAGUUCGAAGGACUGAUGGCUCAUUAGUGUCUUUUGCCUUUCCCCCGUACGCUUCAAUAUUGCACGGUUACGUUGCCUCGUCACGGUGGGACGACGCUCUUCGCCUCUGCAGGUUCGUCAAGCUUCCAGCUUUGUGGGGUUGUCUGGCAGCAAUGGCUCUGGGUGCACGAGAACUGAACACAGCAGAGGCGGCCUAUGCUGCUAUUGAUGAGGUCGAUAAGGUGUUUUACCUUCAGUACAUCAAAUCACAGCAGUCCAAUGAAGUCCGAACAGCAGAGCUUGCCUUGAUCUGCGGAAAUCAAAGAGAAGCUGAGAACAUCCUGCUGCAAAACAAAAUGUGGUUCCGUGCCAUCAUGAUGAACAUCAGUCUUCAUGAGUGGGAACGGGCCCUGAAUCUUGCCGUGAAGUACAACACCCACAUAGACACAGUUCUGGGCCAUCGAAUUUUGUCACUGGAGAGGCUCGGCAAAAAAGAAAACAACGCUCUCUUCCUCAAGUACAACAAAGAGGUGAAAAUAGACUGGGCGAAAAUCAAUGCUGCCAUGGCAGAAGAGUAUGAGAAGGAGAAAUAUGGUUGAAAACUUUUGCGAGCAGCUCCUAAACUGUGACGCUAAUAAAUGAUUUUUCGUUAUA